CCGUUUUUCGUAAUUGCACGUGUUGGCAUGCUAUAAGUUUAAUUAAAGGGCACUCCAUAUUUUACUUACUGAGUUUAUCUCAUAGUUUUUUCUUGUCACCAUUUCAGGAAGCGAAACCGAGGACAGGAAAACGACGGGAAGUGACGAGUUAGAAGGUUAGUCAUUUCGAUAUUGAUAUAGAUUUUAGAUAUAGAUAAUGAUGUUGUAAGCUAAAGUGUAUUUGGAGAUUUUAUGAUAUCGGAGAAAUUUUAUAAUUUGAUCUUUAGAUUUUGUGGUAUCAGAUCUGAAUUGGAUAAGUUCCGAGCCUUGUGCAUUUAUGGGACCUUCUCAUGAGUGCACGGUGUCUGUCGCGCCUCGAAUUUGGGUUUUGGGGCGUGACAAAAGCAAUCAAAGACUGAUCCAAGGAGCAAUAGCUACAACGGUCAAAAUGUGUAGCAACGGUAGUAUUGCUCAAUACUAGGCACUAAUUUAGGAUCUAAACACUUACAUGUAAAUAUAUAUAUACAUCAAAUCAUUGUACAGAAUUAUUCAAGGAAGAAUACAAUCAAUUUCUUCUAUCAGAGCAGAUGGGAUUUAGCUGCAACCGAGCUGAUUCUUCUUUGUUUGUGCUCCAUAACAAUCAAGGUACUGCAUUACUCCUGCUAUAUGUUGAUGACAUUGUUCUCACUGCCAGUUCAAAACUUCUAUUACAGAGUAUUAUUGACCAUCUUAGUAGGGAGUUUGCACUUAAGGACCUUGGGCAACUUAGCUACUUCCUAGGUAUUGAAGUCACACCCUUUGAUGGAGGUACUUUUCUUUCGCAAGCAAAAUACGCCACCGACCUUCUUACUCGAAGCUCUAUGCAAGCUGUCACUACAAGAAGAAGUACUACAGGGUACUGUGUUUUUCUUGGAGCAAAUUGCAUCUCUUGGUCCUCAAAGAAGCAACCCACUGUGGCGAGAUCUAUUGCUGAAGCAGAGUACCGUGCAUUGGCUUCUGCUACUGCUGAAAUAGUGUGGAUUACGUAUAUUCUUCGUGACAUUGGAAUUUCUUUACCAUCACCUCCUCAAUUAUUCGCUGAUAAUAUCAGUUCUCUUCAUAUGUCUAUCAAUCUUGUAUUCCAUGCUCGAACAAAACACAUUGAAUUAGAUUACCAUUUUGUUUGAGAGAAAGUGGCCAUUGGUACUCUAGUGACUAGGUACAUUCCUAGCACUAAACAGCUCGCUGAUGU